AAGCUUUUAUCCAAGAACCUAACCUCACUAAAUUAGUGUAAUCAAGCUCAAGUUUGUUGACUCAGGUCUAUAGAAAAAUAAAAGUUUGCAAAUUUGCAAACAUCAUGGACAUCAAGACGUUGUUGAAGCAGGCGAGAGCAGCACUGAAAGCCAAAGAUUUUGCUGCCGCCCUUAAAGUUUCCAAGUCGAUCGUCAAGCAAGACAAGAACAGCUACAUGGGGCUGGUGUUUCUAGGGCUAGCGCUCCAAGAAGUUGGCCCGACGCAUCAGGCGCUGAAGGCCUUUCAGAAGGCAAUCGAUCUGGACGCUGCCAAUCCGUUGGCUUGGCAAGGCCUGGUCAGCUACCAUGAAAAGCUCAACAGCGACAGCUCUCAAACCGAGUUGCUCAAGUUGUACCAGGCCUAUUUGGCAAUUGAAACCAAUGAGGCCAAGCUUCUUGAGUAUGCUAAAAGACUGUCAGGGCUGAACGGCCAGGGAGAUGCUCUGGAAACUUGCAAGGUGUUGUUGAGUACAGCCAACAAAUGCUCGACUGAGGCUCGAGUGGAGAUUGCCAAACUCGUGGCACAUCAUUUGGAGUCGGGGGUUGAAACUAAACUUCUGGAUCUGUAUGAAGCCUGCCUGGAACUGCUACUGCCGUCCGCCGCAGUGUCCGAGGGGUUCUACUCCAGCUAUAUCACUGUGCUGAACAAGAGUCGGCAAAUGCUUCGGGUUUUAGAUCAUUCGCAGAAAAUGCAUGAACUCUUUCCAUCCAGUGUGGUCGCCCUCAGUUGGAUCUGCAAAGUGUUCAAUGAAAUGUCCAUCGAGGAAAACUCUGAGGUGGACUCAAUUACGCCAAAAAUUGGCGGCUUUACCGCCAAACUCCUCAAUCUCGAACCUGCCAACGCUAUGGCUUUAUUCACGCAAGCUGUUCUCCUCUUCAGGGACCGCAAUGUUUUCGAAGCUCGAGAAAAGCUGCUGCUUGUAACCAAGCAAAGGCAGGGGUUGGUUUAUGCCUGGGUGUUACUCACGGACGUUCUGAUCCGGCUGCGUUUGAGCAGCGAGGCUUUGGCAUCUCUAGCCAGAAGCCAAAAGCUGGUGCGUUCCUUAACCAACCCUGUUUUGCUUCAUAAGGUCCGGAUUCAACAUCUGGAAAUUCUGUCGUUAUCAGACAACGUGGAUGAUUGGCAAAAGUGCCUGGAUAUUGCUGCGGAGGAUGUGGAUCAGAAUCAGUGCCUAGGACCUCUGAUAAGAGCUAGUGUCAAUUUGCAGGAGUUUUCCCUAGCAGAGAACCACAUUUCCGCUCUAGAGUCGCUUAAACCCGAAGCGGCCCACGCUUUCAAGAUCCGUCUGUAUAGAAAACAGGGCAAAUAUACAGCAGCGCAGCAGCUAAUUGAAGAAUUCACUUGCAACUCCACUGACUGGUGGAUCGAAGUGGGCCUACUCCACUGGGAAAUGGGGCAAUUUUCCAAGUGCCUUGACCCAUUUUUAAAGGCAGCCAAAUGCGAUCCCAGCAAUUUCGCGUGCUUUGUCCAUUUGGGCCAAUACUACAAUAGAGUGGGCCACUUGGACAAGGCAAGGCGCUGCUAUGAAAAGGCGUUCAAACUCAAUCCCGCCUCCCCGGAGGCGGGCAGUGAAUUGAGCAAAGUUUACCGAAAGCUGAAGAAUUGGGAGUCCAACUUGUCCUUGCUGCUCAAUUUAACCGAGGGCUUAGUGGAUAGCGCAAAUGUGUGGGCCUGGCUGCAACUGGGUUUGACCUACUUGGAACAAGGAAAUCCCGUCAAUGCUUUGGAGUAUCUCAGAAUCGUUAUCCGAAUUGACCCGGAAAACACAAAUUGCUGGGAGUCUUUGGGCGACGCCUAUUUUGCAAAGGGCGCCUUCACCUCGGCCUUAAAGUGCUACCAAAAAGCCUUGGACCUAUCGGAGUUUUCCCUCUACUCGGCUUUGCAAGUGGCCUACAUCAAAAAGGUUUUGGGCGACUAUGUGGAGGCUCAGGCCGACUUUGAGGCCAUCCUCACGCGCAGCAACCAGUACGUGCCCGCGCUUAAAGGCCUUAGCGAAACUUGCCUUUGCCAGGCGAGAGAAUGUUUGAAAAACCAACGACUUGGUGCUGCUAGGGAUUUUGUGCAGGAUGCGGUCAAUAAGGUGACUUUGGCCAUAACACAAAGAAGCGAGCUGACUUGCCUGUGGAAGCUGCUGGCGGACUGUGUGAUGUUUGUGGCCCAACUUCCAGAAAAAUACUCCUGCCUCAAGUUGCCCCACUUGCCUGCUUCGGGCAGCCCGCAGAAAUCAGCGAUCCUGGAGCAAACCGAGCUGUUUGAAUGGGCGACGAAGUUCUACUGUAAAGCCGUGAGUUCAGCCGAAGACAAUCCGUUUCUGUGGCACGACUUGGGCACUUGCUACCUGCAGUAUGCGUGCAAUCACAACGACCCAGUGAAGAAGAACGAACUUCUCAACAACGCCAUUAGCAUUGCCCAGCAUUGCACCUCCCUGAAUCCUGAGUAUUGGCAGCAUUGGAACCUUCUAGGCGUCGCGGCGGUUCUUAGAGAGCCCCCCAAUUACGCGCUGGCACAACACAGCUUUAUCAAGGCUGUGAUAGCGGAGAGCAACAGUGCUGUCGCUUGGACCAACUUGGGAAUCCUGUACCUGCGGAUGGAGGAUCUGGAGCUGGCCAAUAAGGCUUUCGGAGAAGGCCAGCGAUCGGAUCCCAACUACGUCAACUGCUGGAUUGGCCAAGCGAUUAUUGCAGAARCGAUGGRGCAUAGCGACGCAAUGGGGCUGUUCAGGCACAGCACUCAGCUGCAGCAGCAUCAGGAGGGGAGUCUUGGGUAUGGGCAUUGSGUGUGCGACUCCUUGAUCAACCGCAAAUGCAACGACAAGUCCUGGGAGUACAACAUCAACAACAUGCACGCCAUCCCGGCGGCCUUUGAUAAUGUSCUGUGGUUCACUGAAAAGAGUCCCGACAGCAGCUGCGCAUGGAACAUGCUGGGUAUCCUGGCCGAAAGAAUGGGGCUGUUGGGCUCGGCCAAGAAGGCUUUCAAGCACGCCCUAGUCCUGGCCGAGCGCGCCCAUAAAGACCUUGCGCGGACCAACUACGGAAGAUUGCUGUAUCGGACUGGGGAAUAUGAGGAGGCGAUUGAAAUGUUCUCCCAUGUGGAGGCAGCCACGUUCAGCAGCGGGGCUGGAUUCGCUCUGGCUCUAUUCAGAAAUGGCCAAUAUGAGGAGUCCUACGCGGCUUACGAGCAAGCCCUCCAUUGGCUCACAGAAGAACAAACGUCGCAGUCGGAACUGUUGGUCGCUUUAGCCUCCAUGGCCUAUAAGUUUCAGGGCGCCGAUGCCGCCAAAACUCUCCUAUUUCAAAGUAUCGGCUUAAACCCGCCGUCGCCUUGGAGUUUAUAUGCCACGUUCGCCCUCUCCCUGCUCCAGAAGGACUGGAAGUUGAGCCAGCUAGUCCUCAAAGAGCUGGUCGCUUUGGAAACCAGCUCCUUCGGACUCAACCACAACCAGCCGGAGUUUAUUUACCACUAUGCCACGCUCUUGUCGCAGUUUUACCUACUGAAGAACGACCGGAAGGAGGCGCUGGCCGGAUUGAGCCGUUUGGUUCACAAGUAUCCCAACAUAGGCUCCACUUGGUUGAGCUUAUCGCAGAUGAUUCUGAGGCUGGAAGUGGACAAAGGCCGACUGCAAGCAGGCGCGAACUGCGCCAAUAUCGCACUGAAACUCGGACAGCGCCACAUGGACGCUUCCAAGGUGCAGUGCUUGGCAGCUCUGUCCUUCCAAAGGGCCGGCGACUGGAAAAGAGCGGCGCUCUUCGCGCAGAAAGCCAUCCAUUUAUGUCCAGACCAGGCGGACGGAUGGGCCACGUUGAUUCGGCCGCUCCAAAGCCUGCAGGCUGGGGAACUCUGCCAAAAGCUGCCUGGCUACUUUGCCCGUGUUGAAUGCAACGAAACUAUCCGAAGUUGGGUGCAGAAGGUGUUAAGUGUUGAUCUAAUGCGUCCAAUUAGCAAAGCGACAUUUUUCGUUAAAAAGGCUUUUAGCGCUUCAUGUGCUUAGUGCAGUGCCGCUUUCGAGAAUGUUCUGUGAGUGCGCUGUUCACCUGCUUCUCCUCUUAAGCCUCGGGUUCCCUAGCCGGGCCCAGGAGGACUGCAGAACCUACGGCCAGCCUGUAAGUACCUACGCCACUUCAGAGCUGUAGUAACUUGAAGGUUUUUUUCGCAGUGCUUUGAUGAUGACUCCUGCUGCGGCAGCUGCUGCUCGAAAGGAGUAUGCAAAGACAGUAAGUUAAGUUGGAUUGAUCAGUUGGACGCGACAGCGAGUUGUUUGCAGCUUAUUUGCACUGCCGGGCCACGCCCGUGGAGGAUCCCUGCACGAACCGCUACUGUCCAGAGGGUCAAGUGUGCUACACGUAUCAACCAACCGGAUGCACCGGAUGUGGCUUAUUGGUCGAAUGUCGAACCAUCCCCGUUCCAGAGGAAUUGAUGGAGAACAGAACGCUGACUCAUCAUCACCACUUCAGCAGGGCGAGGCCGCUCAAGCCACAGCUGAAGCACACCCUUCUGCCGCUAUUUGCUUUAUGUUUGUUGAUGAUGGGGCUUUGAACGUGUUUUCCUGAAAUAAUUGAGAAAGCUCUAGCCGGAAUGAACAACUUUUUAUUGCAAAGCUCGCAGAAUAAACACCGAGUAUAUCUAUGAA